AGCCGGCGCCGCCGAAGAGCCAAUGGCAGGCGCGGGGGAUGACGCCGCGGACGUGGUGGCCGAGACCGGCGGGGUGGGGGACGUGUCGCGCGGCCGGGUGGCCUCGGUCGGUACCCUGGGCGCGGAGCAGCUGCCUCAUUAGUAUUCGUACCCACGAGGCGGCGCAGCGGGCCCUCGGGGAGAGCGAGCGUCGCGGCCAUGGCUUAUCACUCGGGCUACGGAGCCCACGGCUCCAAGCACAGGGCCCGGGCAGCCCCGGAUCCCCCUCCCCUCUUCGAUGACACAAGCGGUGGUUAUUCCAGCCAGCCCGGGGGAUACCCAGCCUCAGGAGCAGACGUGGCCUUCAGUGUCAGCCACUUGCUUGGGGACCCAAUGGCCAAUGUGGCUAUGGCCUAUGGCAGCUCCAUCGCAUCCCAUGGGAAGGACAUGGUGCACAAGGAGCUGCACCGUUUUGUGUCUGUGAGCAAACUCAAGUAUUUUUUUGCUGUGGACACAGCCUACGUGGCCAAGAAGCUAGGGCUGCUGGUCUUCCCCUACACACACCAGAACUGGGAAGUGCAGUACAGUCGUGAUGUUCCUCUGCCCCCCCGGCAAGACCUUAACGCCCCUGACCUCUAUAUCCCCAGCGUGCUCUGUUAUCCCUUCUUCCAAGAAGCCUUUCCUGACCCCCAGAGCAAGUGGUGGCUCCCUUCUGGGUUCCCACAACUGCCUGUCCACAUGGCAUUUUUCAGGCUGCCCACAUGUACAGCUGACUCUUCUCUGUCCUGUUGGCUGCACAGGGCCAGGCCCAUCGUGGACACCCAGGCGAUGGCCUUCAUUACUUACGUGCUCCUGGCUGGGAUGGCACUGGGCAUUCAGAAAAGGUUCUCCCCGGAGGUGCUGGGCCUGUGUGCAAGCACAGCGCUGGUGUGGGUGGUGAUGGAGGUGCUGGCCCUGCUCCUGGGCCUCUACCUGGCCACCGUGCGCAGUGACCUGAGCACCUUUCACCUGCUGGCCUACAGUGGCUACAAAUACGUGGGAAUGAUCCUCAGUGUGCUCACGGGGCUGCUGUUCGGCAGCGAUGGCUACUACGUGGCGCUGGCCUGGACCUCAUCGGCGCUCAUGUACUUCAUUGUGCGCUCUUUGCGGACAGCAGCCCUGGGCCCCGACAGCAUGGGGGGCCCCGUCCCCCGGCAGCGUCUCCAGCUCUACCUGACUCUGGGAGCUGCAGCCUUCCAGCCCCUCAUCAUAUACUGGCUGACUUUCCACCUGGUCCGGUGACCCCCUGGCCCCAGAUGGCACUGAGUUUUUCAUUCAUUGAAGAUUUGAUUUCCUUGA